AUGCUAGCCACGAUUGGCUGGGAGCUCUCAAUUCCAGCGCUUUCGCCUAUACCGUCAUCUGACACUUUACCCGAUGAGCGACACCCAGAAACGCCCGAGCGAACUGUGGAGGAUCGUGAAGGUGGUGUUCUGACCGAGGCGCCCGCCCUUCCAGUCAUCGCCUCGUCGCCCAGCACGCUUGAUUCGGAGCACAGCCCGCCGUUGUCUGCUAAGCACAAUGACAUUCCAAUUGACCCGGUUAUUCUCGCCGACGACGGAUCGUGGAUGAUUGGAGAAUUGCAGCAGGAUAGCGAUCUUCGAUCGGUUGGCCCCCACGGCCAAGGCCAUACGCAAACAUCACCUGACGACGCCGAAGCCAACGUACCGUCACGUGUUAUCCCGCCGGAGAGUAGCAGUCAACGGUCGAAACUACGCAAGCGAAAACCGCAACCGUCGAGUAAACAGCCGUCAAAGCGGGCUCGCCAUCCUAUAUCCGGCUCAGAGGAAGACACGUCGCUUGAUCUUGAUGCCCUUCUUGCUAUUUAUUUUUCUGCACCCUUUGGCGUACGUGUGCAAUUUUGCAAUUGGAUGUGCGCAAAUAUAACAUCACGCGCCUUCGACAAACCGGACACAGAAACGUCGGAGGACAAAGCCGAGAAGCCAGCAGGUGAGAUGGAUCAUCCAUCUAGCCGCCUUGAGCACCACGGAGCUUCCAGGAGAGGCAAGAAGUGGUCCUCUGAAGAGGAGAAAUUCUUGAGGGAGCUAAAAAAUGAUAAGAAUAGACCCUGUCGAGACCGCGUUCAGUCGAAAAAGGGCUUCUUGCGGGACCGGAGCAUGCAGCUUCAACCAGAAGCCUAUGCUUGUAAAAAUUACGUUGACUAG